CUGUUCAUGCUAUUGACAUCAUUCGCCUUCUUCAAGUCUAAUCAAAAGAAGGUGAAAGACAAUUCAAAAUGUUUUUAUUCGUGGCUUUGACAAGCGUCUGGAUUGCUUCUUGCAUUAGCGCUGACUCUAUAAAGGCCGUCGUUGCCCCGGCAGAAAAUUGUAUUCAUAGAAAUGCCUACAUUAAACAAGAUGGCCAAUGUGAUACUUACAUAGAAUGCAAAAACUAUGUCGCUGUCCAAAUGUCAUGUCCCGAUGGUCUUCACUACAACCCCGAUAUUAAAUGGCCUAACUAUCCUUGUGAAUAUCCAAUGGACGAAACAUGCACAGGCGUAACUCAGGCUCCGAAUCCAACACCUGAGUGCCCACACCAGUAUGGAUAUUUCCCGUCUCCUACGGCUUCAUCCAAUGAUUGCGGAAAAUUUCAGUUAUGUAUGGAUGGAAAAGCCAUCGCGAUGAAAUGUCCAACUGGCCUUGCUUUUAACCCAGCCACCAGCCGAUGCGACUGGGCUGACCUAGUGCCUACUUGCAACGUUGAAGCUUUCCUCGGAUUCAAGUGCCCUCCUGUCACCUACGACGAGGACGGUAACGCAAUCGUGACAAGUCACAAAUUCCCCAGCAGCUGUGACUCCUUCUACUCGUGUCAAGCGGGUGAUGAUCUUCCUCGCCUGCUGUCUUGCGACCCUGGAACUGCUUUCAACGAUUUCUCUGGUCGCUGUGAAGAUGCUGACAAGGUUUCUUGCAAUAACGAAGCUCUUACUCCCCCAUAUUAGCAUUAAUAUUAUGUAGAUGUAAUAGCUAUUUGUUAAAUAAAGAAAUAUACAAUUA